AUGACGUCGAUUAAAGAAGACGAAAAGAAAGAAAUUCCGGAAAUUAUCCACGAUCCCCAGACGAACUGCACCUAUCAGAGGUUACGAUUCUUUGGCAAGGGUGGCUUUGCUAAAUGCUAUGAGAUCCAAGACAUAUCCACUAACCAAAUAUGGGCAGGGAAAAUAGUUUCCAAAAAACUGAUGGUGAAGUCAAGUCAGAAGGAGAAAAUGGCUCAGGAGAUAUCCAUCCACCGAUCACUGCAGCACAAGCAUGUGGUUGGCUUCCACAGCUUCUUCGAAGAUUCCCUCAAUAUCUACAUCAUUCUUGAGUUGUGUAAGAGACGGUCCAUGAUGGAACUACACAAGAGAAGAAAAGCCAUCACGGAACCAGAGACAAGAUUCUAUAUGCACCAAAUACUCCUUGGAGUGCAGUACCUGCACAGCAAGCGUAUCAUCCACCGUGAUCUGAAACUUGGAAACUUAUUCCUUGAUGAUGACCUCCAUGUCAAAAUAGGAGAUUUUGGACUUGCUGCUAGAAUUGAAUAUGAAGGAGAGAGGAAACAAACAUUAUGUGGCACACCAAACUACAUUGCACCUGAGAUACUGACGAAGAAGGGACAUUCCUUCGAAGUGGACAUCUGGAGUCUGGGAUGCAUUAUGUACACACUACUUGUUGGCAAGCCGCCGUUUGAGACAUCUACACUCAAGGACACAUAUAAGAGGAUCAAACAGUGUGAAUACAGGAUCCCAUCAUCACUGCGCAAGCCCGCGGCAUCGAUGAUUGUAUUGCAGCUGCAAUCGAACCCCGCGCGACGGCCAUCUGUUGAUAAGUUGCUGCAGCACGAGUUCUUCUCGUCCGGCAUCAUGCCCGCCGCACUUCCACUCUCCUGCCUCACUACGGCGCCCAGGACCGACCAGCUGGAGGGCAUCGCGCUGCACCGCCGACCACUCAACGAGGUUAACACUAAUGAUCACGUGGCGAUGGCCGUGGACUCGCCAGUGAAGCGCGAGGCGAUACCCGCAGAGCCGCGCGCCGUGGAACCGACUUCACACAGACAGAACUUGAUUGCACUUCGCGAUCAACUUGCCUCUUUGCUUGUUAGCAAGCUGAAAUGCCGUCCAGAGUGUCUCACGGAUGAAUUGAGCGAUCCUGCGGCCCAGCCGUUGGUGUGGGUGGGGAAAUGGGUAGAUUACAGCGACAAGUAUGGCUUUGGCUACCAGCUGUGCGAUGAGAGUGUCGGCGUUAUGUUCAACGACACCACUAAGCUCAUCAUGCUGGCUAAUGGACUGAACGUGCACUACAUCAACCGGCAGGGCCAGGAACAAUAUAUGACGAUGCGCGAAUAUCCAACGGAACUUGACAAGAAGAUGAAACUUCUCACCUAUUUCAGAAGAUAUAUGACUGAACAUCUUAUGAAAGCUGGUGCUUCAGUACCAGUAAGAGAGAGUGAUGGACUGUCUCGAUUACCACAUUUGCAUCAGUGGUUCAGAACCACACUGGCAGUUAUCAUGUACCUGACUAAUGGAACACUUCAGAUUAACUUCCAAGACCACACAAAGAUCAUCUUGUGUCCGCUGAUGCAAGCUGUCACCUACAUUGACGUGGAAAAGAACUUCAGAACAUUCCGCUUCAGCACAAUUGAGGAGCACGGCUGUGAUAAGAAGCUUUACACAAACCUAACAUAUGCACUGGAGAAACUAAACAGUGUACUAGCUAAUAAGCUCUGUUAG